UUCCUGUUCUUCAAGUUAAAACUGUAAAAAAAAAACAGACUGUCACGCAUGCUUCACUUUAUUAAGAAGGGAGGGUUGGGAGCUGCGUUCAUUCGAAAACUUGCAGCUACCUCAGAAGGAACAAGAACAAUCAUGAACAAGAAAGACAGUACAAUCUCAUGCAGUGACCUGAAGACGGUCAUGGCCAAAGGGAGUCUCCAAAUCUUUGAUGUACGAACAGAAGCAGAAGUAGAGAUGGGUACCAUCCCAAACUCUAUCAAUAUUCCAGUGGAUGAAAUAGAAGCUGCAUUAAAACGAGAUGAUGCGGACUUUAAGCAGAAGUACAAAAUAAACAAACCCAAGCUAGAAGACAAUAUCGUUUUUUACUGCCAGAUGGGAAGGAGGGGAGCACGAUCCACAGACAUUGCCCAGUCGCUAGGUUACAAGAAUGCUCAUAACUUGGCCGGUGGCUUCCAAGAGUGGUCUGCAAAAGAAGAACAGUAAAAAGUGUGGCAGAACAGAACUAGAGUGUGAUGCAUUCAUACUUCCCAUAAUGUGUCUCUACUAGACUCACUUAAAUAUGAUUAUCCGUAUAUGUUGUUUUAAAUGUGCUACCCCAUUACACAGUUUUGUAGGUACAUAGAAAAAUGUUUCUUCUCCUCUCUGAAUGUUGGUAAAAAAUGUUUUCAAUAUAGUCAGUUUUUCAACCCUGGCAGCUGCCUUUAAUAUAUCAGUCUGUUGACUGUUUUCUUUCUACUCAUGUCACAGAUGCCAGUACCACCCUCCCCAAAAAAAGGUCACAGACUUCAAGAAUACUAACAGAGCUCUUUAACAGCAGAGGAAUGGUACCUGUCAAAAUGCAGUACAACAGCAAAACUACCAAACCAGAGUUAAAGUAACAGCAGCGAUAGAAGGAGAACAACAAAAUGGCCCCGGAAGAACUAACAAAACAGUAGAUAAGGCAGUACAGCUGUGAAAAUACUACUUCUCAGGCCAAUGCCAGCACCUCACAGUAAAGCAGAUCAAAAUGAUCUUCCGUACAACAAGGACCUCAGAAAGGUUGAUCACCUUGUAGCAGGGUGAUUGCUGAGACAUGGAAGGAAUGCCAAUAUAUGUGUAGAGAGGUACCUGCUAAGUCAGUCCUAUGUGAGUCUAGGUCCAGAUAUUGUACUCUCACAUGAUUAUAGUUUCCACCUUGCGUACUAUAAGAGGUAAUUCCUCCCUGCAUCUCAAGCUAUAAUUCCAUACCAGUUUAGUCCGGACAUUAUGCUUGAGAACAGCUCUUAUAAUACUUUUAUAAUACUUUAAAAAACAUACAGUUUGUUUGUGUCUUUCGGCUUUUCCCGGUUAGGGGUCGCCACAGUGGAACUCCAGUCCACUAAUGAUUGGCAGUAGAUUUUUACGUGCUGGCUUGCCGGGCCUACAGGUUAAAAUUAGCUUCAGUAAGGCAUUAUCAAAAAGUCAUGCAACUUCCUUAAAUAUUUUUUUUUUCUGCUCAAACUUUAUUGCUCUUUUUCAUGAAGAAAUAAUAAAUAUUCAGUUACUAUAAUAAUAUAAUGAUAAUAAUAAAAAAUAGGAUGGUGCAGUGUUGUAGCAGUUUGUGCUGUCACCUCACAGCAAGAGGGUCUCUGGUUCGAUUUUCGGCUGGGGUGCCUUCUGUGUGAAGAUCUGCAUGUCCUACCUGCAUUCGUGUGGGUUUCCUCUGGGUGUUCCAGUUUCCUCUCACAUUCCAAAGACAUGCAGUAGGUGGAUUGGACACUCUAAAUUGACCCUAGGUGUGAGUGUUUGUGUGCAAGUAUGUGGUGUACCCUCUAAGCAGGGUUAGGCCUUGGGUUAGCAACCCAAACCCAUAAAACCCAUACCUAUUAUGGAAACAUGUGCUGAAGGUUGCUCAUUGCCCGAUGUGCUGAAUUCAUGGGAGCGGAUCCAGGAAUAAAAGAAUAACUAUACAAAGAAUGAACAUGCUCAAACUAUGUAAAAUAUACACAAGGCCUGAACUCAGUAGUUGACAAUAUUAAACUUCCAAAACAUUUCUUCUUUUCUUUUUUUUUUAAUUAUGAGAGGCAAGAUUUUGUUGAUAAAAGUCAAUAACAGAUAAAAGUCAAUAACAGAUUUCACUUUUCUCCAAGGAUUAUUGUUAAAUGGUUUAGGAUAAAUGAAUUCUUUUACACUGGCAAGUUUUUUUUUUUUUUUAAAUUAUAAGAAGUCUUCAAAAAGUGGUGAUGUAGUUGAUUUCCAUUUUCUCAUAACACUUUUCCUUCUUACUGCAAGAAUAUUCCAUAGUAGAAAGCGAUUAUCUUUUUUCAACUAAUAUCUAUCAUUUACAUUAAAUAAGAUUAAAGAAAAUGCAUCACAGAAUAAGGUUUUCCUUAAAUAUUUUUGGUGCUCUAGUACAUCAACAGUAUGUCUUCAAUAGUGCAAGUCAGAGAACAUGUCUUAGCAAUUUUUCCUUAAAUCACCCUACAUAAAAUUUGGAUAGGGUCGCCACCUUUCAUUGGGGGUAAAACGGGACCAAGGCCACAUCCCUCACAUCACUUGUAACCCCGCCCAUUCACACCCCCUCUCUCACCCAAGUUCUGCCCAUUUUGUGACAUAGUUGUGAUGUCACAUGAUGGGAACGCCCCCUUUUUAUGUUCCUGAUUCCUGCUUUCUGCCGAUUUACUAUGCUUUUCUGUAAAAAAGCAUAGUAAAUCUGCUGAUUUUACAAACUCAGUCUGUUUCCUUUCUUGAAACAGAAUACCAGAGUUUCUACUGUGUUUUACGAACUAUCGGACAAUCAGUUUGAUUUCCAGAUAGUCCAGAAAAAAAAUGGAUAGGUGGCAACCCUAGAUUUGGAGAUAAAAAUUUACAGUAAAGGGGUGUGGGGCAAAUCCCUGAACAUGUCCUUCAUUUAUAUUAUUAUCAUAUUCAUAUGUCAAUCGAGGUAUAUGAAGGUGUGAAAAUGCAUCAGUAGCUCACUGAUAAAGCCAAACUGUCCUGUCAUGCAGUGUCAGUGAAGGUAGUUUUACUUCGCAGAAUGUCAAGGAGCAUUGAGUAUCCUUUAUUAAAUAGAUAAAUAUGCACAAUAAAUAUCAAAGGGAUAACACUAAGAGCAAAGAGCUGAUAAACUGAAAUAAACUAGUACCACUACUACAGAUUUUUCUAUCCAGAGACCUUUAAAAAUAACUCAUUAUUAGUUAUUUUGAUUAGAAACAAAAUAUCUCAUUUCUAAUUUAACAAGUGUGUUUGGGGCAUGUUUACUUUCAAGAAUUUAGCUAACCCAGACAUGGGUAAUAGGUAAUGCCUACAUUUUAUUUUUCUGAUUAGUAUAGACUCAGCAGUAAUUUUGCUCUCAGUUGUUUAAAGUUGAUUUACUGAACUGAAGCAACUGAUUUUAAGUAGUCAGAGCCCUAAUAUGAACAUUUUUGUCAGGAAUUUGAAUUCCACCACCUCAGUUGCAUGAUAUUUGACCAUAAAGCAUGUCAAAUUAUUCGUUUUUACUUCCAGUUUUAAUAUGAACUAGCAUUGACUUUAUUAUGUGGCUCUCAAUUAAAGUUUCCUUUAUGUGCAUAUGUCAUUUCCUUCACUAAUUUUUUCCACUGCAUUUAUCUAAUAAGGAACAUAUGAAGUAUUCAUUUUAUGUAGUUAUAGCGUUCACUGGUAGCAAAGGGCUACAAUUAAGCUAUCACUGGAUAUGUCUUUCAACAAGUAAAAUAAAGAUCUCCAUUUGUUUCUCAUAUGUUAGCAAUGAACAGUUGAAGAUAUGUGCAAACUCUUUGUGAGAAAAGAGACUUGUGUAGUCUGUUUUAACUCUACUGUAAAACAGAGGUACCGAUAUAUAUAUUUGCUGAUAAACCCUGUAAUGUGUUCUUUCACUUCUUAAUAUAAGCAUUCAUAAAUGAAACGCUUACAGUGACAGCUGUUGUUAAUGUUACCCCCAGCAUACCCAUAAUACCGUACAGAUUGUAAUAUUAAGGAAUGAGCGACAUUCUUACAACAGAAUGCCAAAGCUACGUACAAUUUAGCUUUGAAAGAAGAAGAAAAUAAUUGUUGGAUUUCUGAAAAUUGUUUAAUUUGAAGCACUUAUUGUUUCCUUGCAAAAA